UUUCUGCAUGUGUUCACUCAUUCAUGCCAUUCUCUUCUUACUAUUGCUAUUUUAUUUUGCUUGCAUGAACGGAAAUAGCGAUUACACAUUCACUUUCUCUCCUCGCUCUUUCAUUUCAUACACACUGCGCGAGCUUCUAUAAAGAAAGAAAGCUGAAAAUAAUUCUCAUUUUCUUACUUGCGCUCCAAGAUUGCAAGUUGUUUCUUCACUUUCUUUCUCUCCGAAGAAAAAUGCAGUGGGAAAAGGUGGAGACUGUAGGAGAACGACCAGGGAAGAGGUAUGGCCACACUUGCAACGCCGUCAAAGAUGGCAGGUUUCUUUACCUCUUCGGCGGUUACGACCGCGACCGCAAACGCCCAACCAACCAACUUCACGUCUUCGACACCCGGGAGCGGACUUGGAGCCAACCGGCGACCCAUGGCGUCCGACCCACUGCUAGGGACGGCCAUAGCUGCACUGCUAAGGGUGAUGAUAAUCUUUACUUCUUUGGGGGUUUAGAUAGGACCAAACUACUGCGGAACGAUUUGUUUAUACUAAACACUUCUACACGUUUGUGGAUUCAUCCAAUUGCAAGUGGAGAAAUGCCGCAGGGACGCGAGGACCAUGGUGCGGCAUUUGUUGGCAAAAGGCUAUUCAUAUUUGGUGGUUUUGGAAAAUCUCCUGAAAAUAUCAAUGAUUUCUGCUACAAUGAUCUUUACAUAUUGGAUACAGAGACGUUUGUUUGGACGCGUCCUACAACAUUGGGCACUCCACCAUGUCCUCGCCAUGGCCAUACUUGCUCAUCUUGGGAAAAAAAUAUUGUUGUAAUAGGUGGUGGUGUAGAUGAACUUGAUAAAUAUGUCUCUGAUGUCCAUAUCCUGGACACUGAUACUUUAAUUUGGAGAGAACUGCAUACAUCAGGCAAAGUGUUGCCACCUCGAGCGGGUCAUUCUACAGUUUCUUUUGGCAAGAACUUGUUUGUUUUCGGGGGGGUUACGUCGGCCCAAAGUCUAUACAAUGACCUGUAUAUGCUCGACAUUGAUACUGGUAUUUGGACGGAGGUGGCAACUACAUGUAUUGGUCCUUCUGCUAGAUAUUCUGCAGCUGGUGACCGUUUAGAUUUCAUGGGUGGUAUUCUUGUGUUCUUUGGCGGAUGUAAUAAAGAUGCCCUGGAUGAUAUGUAUUACCUAUAUACAGGUAGACUAAAUAUCGAUCCAGGAAAAAGAGCAUGUCAAGUCAAAGUUACUGGAAGCAACUCAUAUGGAUAUACUAUUGAAACUAUUAUUGAUGGAAAGCGUUUUCAUGGAAUUCUGUUUCGAGACAAGCCAAACCCUCUUAACCCAGCAACUAAUACUUCUAGUAGGAGGAAAAGGACUUUUGAUGAGACUGUUAGUGUUUUCUCAAAUGAUAUGCAUCGAGACAACUUAACAAUGUCUAAAGUGCUUAAGCAGAGUGGAACAGGAGAUAGGUGGGAAGUACAAGGAGAUGUUAGCGCUUCUGAGACUUUAAAGUGUGAUUCAAGCGAUGAUUCCCUUGGUCUUCCACCAGGCCUGCUGGGCUUGUGUCUCACGAAGAGUCCCUCCCUUUUGGCUUUGAUUCAGACGACGCUCUCCCAGCAGCAUGAUUCCAGAAAGGCUUCUGCUGACCCCGAACCAGCAGCUGCUUCUUUGAAUCGAAAUGAUAAUGAGAGAAAUGACAAAUCAAAAAAUGAUGGAGCAAAUGACAACAUGACAAGAUCCGAAGUAGAAGUUCGAACUGAUGAUCAAACAAAUGUGCCAAUUUCCAACAAUGAAGCUCCAAGACUUGAAAGACAUGAUCAGAAGAGUGAUGCUGCAGCAGCUGAGGGUGGCAUAGCGAAAGAUUGCACAACUCGAAGGGUAGAAGACACAGAGAACCAGCAAAUUUAGUUUGAAUUCAAGAGAUAACCAGCAAGUUCUCCGCUUGCCAUUUGUACAUUCCUCUUCUGAAGGUGACUAUAGAUGGACAUAAUAGUUAAACAAACAUGGUGCUAACUUGUGGGAUAUACUGAUACCUACUUGCUGACAGGCCUUAAUCUGAAAUCUAUUGAGCAAAACCUCAUUACCUUAGAAUUUAGAUGUAGGGACUAUGUGGAAGUUGUAGUAGCUGUAGUUCUUGUCUGAAACUAGUGAGAUAUCAAUUGAUUUUCAUUCGUGCU